UCCAGUCGUCCGCCUCGUUCUUCCACAGCCCCUUAAACCACCGCGAGCCACUUGCACCGGAAGACUGAUCUUGUGCCGCAUAGAAAACGUCCAACUCGAUCUUCCCGCAAUCCCCUCCCCGUUUCAGACAAAACAACGCUUCCUGGCUGACGCCCUCGACAUUCUCCAAGAGGUCAUACUGCAUGAUCUUUUCGUCAAUCGCCUUGGUCAUCUCGUCCGUCGCAACAUUUGAAGCUCGACGCGAUGCCCACGUCGUCCAUCACUAAGACUCCUCAUGUUCACUUGGGCAUCCGUCAUAACAACACCCCAGUCGUUGUCUUUAGUGGCUACGAUUCGCCCUGGCUCUACGAGGAUUUCAUUUUGCGCCCGAGCUCAGUGUAUGGAUUUUGGAGCUAUAUCAUUACGAUACUCCCGUUCGGCUCCAAGUUACACGAAAUUCACUGGCCCCAUGGUCCGGCAAAUGCACGGGCGCACAAACGCUUCCUGGAGAUCUUCGACAGGCUCCGCGGCUUGUUGCUCAACCUUAUCUGCGACCUGGCAGUGGGAACCUAGCAGUCCCAGCUGGGACAUGAAGGAACCCUCACCAUCAACGAACCGGAUAAAGUCGAAGUCUGUGGCCACGGACUGGGUGGAGCACUGGCAACUCUUUGCGCUCUGUGGUGUGCGAGGGUCUGGCCAAAUGCGGAUAUCACCUGCGUUACCCCGGGGUCGCCCAAGGUUGGAGAUGGAAGUUUUGCGGAAGCGUUUUCGGGCCAAAGAAACGUCCGAUGCUAUCGACUUGUGGUGGAUUCGGACCCGUUUCCAUCCAUGCCAUGUUAUGGGCGUUGCGACAGAGCUUCAGCAUGGCACCACGUCGGUAUACAAAUCCGGCUUCCGAGUCCCCGAAACAUCGAGAGCGAUUGAAUGUUGGUCAGGAUUUUCCCCAUGUUGUGGGAAAUGGUGGUUGGCUUAAUUCAUGGUCUCGAGGUUCUAGUUCACCAACGAACGUUUUUCG